CGGUAGGUGGCCCGGAGUGCCGCUAUUGUACGUACAAUAUUUCACAAAUUCUCUUUUGCGAAAAGCCGUCAGGGCGCGAGCGGUGGCUAGCCGGCCAGCUAGCUGCGGUAGCUACCAAUCAUGCAGAAAUAUGAGAAACUCGAGAAGAUAGGCGAAGGUACCUAUGGAACGGUCUUCAAAGCCAAGAACAGAGAAACUCAUGAGAUUGUCGCUCUGAAGAGAGUGAGAUUAGAUGAUGACGACGAGGGUGUCCCAAGUUCGGCUCUGCGGGAGAUCUGUUUAUUGAAGGAACUAAAACACAAAAAUAUAGUCAGGUUGCACGAUGUUCUGCACAGCGACAAAAAGUUAACGUUAGUGUUUGAAUACUGCGAUCAGGACUUGAAGAAAUAUUUUGACAGCUGCAAUGGUGACUUAGACCCUGAAACUGUCAAGUCCUUCAUGUACCAGUUAUUAAAAGGACUGGCCUUCUGUCACAGCCGGAACGUGCUACACAGGGAUCUGAAACCACAGAACCUCCUUAUCAACAGGAACGGAGAACUGAAAUUGGCCGAUUUCGGACUGGCGCGAGCGUUUGGGAUUCCGGUGAGGUGUUACUCGGCCGAGGUAGUGACACUAUGGUACCGGCCUCCAGACGUCCUCUUUGGUGCUAAGCUAUACUCUACUUCCAUCGACAUGUGGUCAGCAGGGUGCAUAUUUGCAGAGUUGGCAAAUGCAGGAAGGCCCCUGUUUCCUGGGAAUGACGUGGAUGACCAGCUGAAAAGGAUUUUCCGGUUGCUGGGGACUCCAACAGAGGAGCAGUGGACAACUAUGACCAAACUGCCCGAUUAUAAGCCAUAUCCAAUGUAUCCAGCUACCACGUCGCUGGGAAACGUGGUACCCAAGCUCAGCGCCACCGGAAGAGACUUGCUGCAGAACCUCCUGAAGUGCAAUCCCGUGCAGCGCAUCUCGGCCGAGGACGCCUUGCAGCACCCGUACUUUGCAGACUUUUGCCCCCCUUAGACGUCUCCUUUAAAAAAAAAAAAACUCUGCCGGACAGGACCAUCCCCUCACCUUGACAAGAACGGACCUUUCCACUCCAUCGCACGCCACAGGAAUGGCCACAACACUUGUAGUCAGAACCUUCUCCUGACAUGAGGUGCUUGUUGGGCAUGAAGGAGCAGCUAACAUGACAGGCUUCUGUCAAAGCAGUCAAGUCUUCUCUCUUCCAUAAAGGCUGUCGGCUGACAGGUACCGGCUUUCCUGCAGGGGCCUCACUGUAACUCAGGCAUGCCCUUUAAACAUCUUGCAUGCCUGGCAAACAGGCUUAAAGUACUGUUCUCUUAGCAGAAGAUGCAUGAGUAUUGGUACGAUUACCUCUGUGGGGGAGGAACGUUAGUCUAUCUGAACCAUACCUCUCAGCUGCAGUUAAUGGUUAAAGUUAAGGCACUAUCAGUCAGACACUGGCUGGCCUGUAUAUUUAUGCUUUUAGGGUUAGUUUCAUUAAGGUUGAACUGUUUGCCACGUACUAACAUAGGGUUUGAGAUUGUAUAAAUUAAAGGAAAAAAUGUUAUUUAAAUGUACUUCUUAUUUCUCAGGCUUUCUUGUAUGGCUCGUGACUUCAUUUUCCUUUGAUUGCACUUUGAUUGCAAGACCUUAAAAAAAAAAUCGCUCUUGCUUUUUUUUAAGUUGAUUUUCAUCAUUUGGAUUUCCAUGGAUUGAAAACUGAAGGUAGAAUCAUCCCCAAUUUGCUGGGGCGAAACGGACCAUAACUGUUUUGCGGACUCGCACCUGUUCUCACGUCGUUGCUGCUGUUGCGUUUUAUCGUUACAUGAGUGUCUCGUGGCGUCUUGAGACUGCUGCCAUUGACAGUGCUGAACGGCAGCGUAUUGCCACCCUUUUCGGGUUGAAGGUGCCAGCUUGUUACACCGAGGUCCUGUUCCAUGGCAGCAGAGACUUUCUUAAUGACGGGUAUUUUAAUUUUUGGCACGAAUCCUUAAAACAGUGUUAUUUCUUUGUAUCCAUGCUGUAAAACUCUUUCGCUGUAUAAACAAACGUUAGGUUACGCAAAAUCACAAGGUUUUAGCUUAUAGUAAUAAUCACGGGGGGAAAAAACUGCGUAUCACACUUGAUUUGCAGCUGUAAGGUUAAUUUUAGGCUAAAAUAAGUUUUCAGAAAUUCAGUACAAAAGUAUUAUUAAAUGUGCUUGCCUGCUUUGAUAUUUAAAUAAAUAUAAAAUAGAAAAAAAACACUUUGAAUAGAAUCCUCGCCACCCUAAACAGUGAGUUGUUUUCUAUUAAUACGCCUUUUCGAUUAGGUUAUUUUAAGAUGUUCCCAUUUUGACUAGAAAUAGUCCUUCAGUAGCAUUUUGUGCAAUUCCUGGGCUGAACUCCGUAACCUGACGAAUAAAUUACAGUACAAGCUGACUUUUAGAGUGGUUAUGAAAACUCCCAUUGGUUGUUAGAUUUUAUAGCUUUUUAUGAGACAACUUGUCCCCAGAGUACAUCACAUAAAUAUGUAAACGUUUAAAGGCAAAUCCUGCUAAUUUUAAUUCAGUGCAAUGCAUUUCUGAACCUUGGGCACAAUUUCUCUAGAAUGACAAUUCAAACCCUCAUUGCAGUACAAAUUGCCUUGUUUAACAAUUUUUUUUUAUUUCACAAAGCAUUUUGAGUUCAGUUUUCACUAAAAGAAAAAUGCUCAGCGAAGAAACGAAAGCGCAUUGACGGACGUAGCCUGCCUCUAGAUAUCUGUUACAGAUUUAAAGCUCUGUGUUUUAGCUGUCCGACAGCGAGCAGUCAAUAGGACCAUGCCAACAGAUUCCAGUCAGGAGCCAAAAACAUGAAUAAAGUACGACAGCAUUGCCAGAAUAAGCUACCUUUUGUAUAGCUAAAUGACAAAAAAAUAAACAAUUUGGAAGUAAGGACCACUUCUGCACUUUCCUCAUUGAGCCUGUUAGCCUUUUAUCAAAUCACGAGUAGGAUUGAGUUUUUGCUAUUUAGUACUAUUAUGUGUGUAGUCAAUACCUGUAAAUUUUAAGUUGUAUAUUUGUAUAAGUAUUUAAUAAAGUACUCUUAAGUAUA